AUGAUUUAUUCUCAACUAGAAUUCGAAAAUUCUGUUCAUCGGUUUGUGCCCAGAUCUCUGCAAGAAACAAUCUCAGAUGACAAGAAUGGGUUUUGCAGCACUUGGGGACUUGGAGCAUUCAGGACAUUUGAUGACACAUUUUAUCAUUUUACAUCAACCUGCAACUACAUUCUGAGUCGCCAUUGCAUAAGUGGUGCAGAGGAUUUCAACAUCCAGAUCCGUCGAGGGUCAGAUGAUUUCACUUUUUUUGAGGCAAAUAAGCUGGAUGUUUUAGGCCACAUAUGUAAUAGCAACUUCCGUAAAGAUGUGUCGUGUAAACAAAGCAGGACAGAGAACUGGGACAUCAGGGUAGAGAUCCAUGAAUGUCAGCUAGCAUUUAAACAGACAUGUUUGCACCGUGUUACCCUAACUAAAAAUCAGGUUUAUGUGGCGACUUCAAUGAUGAUGCAGGGGAUGACUUUCUAUCUCAACAGGGGAUUGUGGAGACUACAUCAAUUACUUUUGUUAAUUCCUGGAAGACUGAAGAUAGUUGCUCAGAUGCAAUACUACCUCCUUCUUGUUUCAGUUCCCAAAAUGAUGUGUGUAGCUGCCACCUGUGCCUGUGAGAACGUCAACGACUGUCUGUGUGCAGGAUUGGGAGCGUAUGUUCAUGAGUGUGCAGCUCAUGGUGUCAUCGUCAGCAACUGGAGGAAAGAUAUCUGCAGUAAGCCAUGUCCCGACACUCAGGUCUUUGAGAAUGACAUGAGGACUUGUAACCGCACCUGUCGAUCAUUAUCCCGUUAUGAUUAUACCUGUGAUGUUGAGGACAUACCAGUUUUUGGCUGUGGCUGUCCUGAGGGGAAAUACAUGGAUAACUCUGGAGAAUCUUUUGUGAAAAUGGCAAGAUUCAGUGUUCGACGGUUCCCACAACCACCAGUCCAGAACUUGAAUAGUUACUGUGUUCCAGGCUGUGUCUGCCCUGAUAAUCUUGUGGCAGAUGACAAUGGAAGAUGCAUUCCUCCUGAGCAAUGUACUUGUUCAUUUGGAGGAGAAACCUAUGCUUCAGGAAGCACCAUCCGAAAGGAUUGCAAUAAAUGCACAUGCAAGGCUGGAUCCUGGGAAUGCACCAAAAACACUUGUCCAAAGGAAUGCCUAGUUCAUGGAGAUGGCCACUAUGUAACCUUUGAUGGAAAAAGAUAUCUCUACGACGGCAAUUGUGAAUAUAUUUUGGUUGAGGAUCAAUGCAAUCGAGGAAAUGGCACGAUUCAAAUCCUGGUGGAGAGUGUCCCAUGUUGUGAAAAUGGAGUGACAUGUUCAAGGAUUAUCAGAAUUUUAACUGAGGGUGAAGAAUUCAAACUACAUGAUGGCCGAAUGACGAGAACUGAGAAAUCUUUUGGUCAAACCCAAUGCAAAGAUAGUUCCUAUUCACUUCACACUGUUGGACUCUAUUUAAUUGUUAAAUUUUCCAAUGGGAUCACCGUGAUAUGGGACAAACGAACAAGAGUUUCAAUCACAUUGGAUCCAAGAUGGAAGAACAAAGUAUGCGGUCUGUGUGGAAACUUCAAUGGUCAUAUUGCAGAUGAUUUAACAACUCAAGGGAACUCUUUAGUGACAAAUACAUUGGAGUUUGGAAACAGCUGGAAGUCCUCAAUGUCGUGUUCAAAUGCAAUGAAUCAAACGUUCCCGUGUGAAAGAAACCCCUACUGUUCAGCGUGGGCUCAAAGGAAGUGCAGCAUUAUCAAGGAUACUGUCUUUCAAAGCUGCCAUAAAAAGGUUGACCCAACUCCAUUCUAUGAUGCCUGCGUCCAGGAGGCUUGUGCCUGUGACUUGGAAGGGAAAUACCUGGGUUUCUGUACCGCUGUAGCAGUGUAUGCAGAAGCUUGUAAUAAAGCUGAUGUGUGUAUCCGCUGGAGAACCCCAGACUUGUGCCCUGUAUAUUGUGAUUAUUAUAACGCUCCUGAAGAAUGCAGUUGGCAUUAUCACCCAUGUGGAACAUUGACAACAAAAACAUGUUCAGACCAUAACGUGGGAAAGAAGUUCUCUGCAAAACUUGAAGGCUGUUAUGCAAAGUGUCCAGUGAGUGCUCCUUAUUUGGAUGAAAAUUUAAUGAAAUGUGUUAAGUUGACUGAUUGCACAUGUUACCAUAAUGGGAAGAUAUUGCAACCGGGUGAAGUGAUGUGGAAUGUCUGUGAAGAAUGUAAAUGUGACAAUGGAACUGUAACAUGUAGAAGUGUCACUACAACAGUGAAGCCAACGACAGCCACCUCCACUCCUGUCUCCGUAUCAGGUAAGUGA